UGUGGUUUUACUUACAUGUAAAUGUUGAAAAUACUGGUGAAGAUGACACUUUUAACUUAAAUCAACUAUAUGAAGCUUCCCUUAAAAAUACAAGAUGAAGUUUGUAUAUGUGAUGCUGAUGAAUACUAUUAUUGUCUGUUCUCCGUGGUUUGAUGUUUUUUCUGAUGGACAAAGUCUUUACCACUGCAUUUCAGAAAAAGCUUGUGAAAAUGCAACUGCAGCCACUCUAUUUGAGCCCAAACAUAGAGCAGUAAAUUGUCGAUACAAUGGAUCCGAAAAUUACUGUGAUCGCUAUAUCACCCCCGGAUGGUACCGAUUUAACUUUGACAUGGUCACAUAUCCCCCCGCCUUAGGAAGCUGUGGAACUCUGUAUCCAUAUUGGUUAAACGGAACUAUUCCAUUGGGAGAUAAGGAGGAAAUUAGUGGAACCGUGUGUCAAGUUGGUUUCUCGCACACUUGUACUAAAAAAGUCACAAUAAGAAUUCUAAACUGUCGUGUAUUCAGAGCAUAUUGUCUUACGGCUCUAGAUGCCUGUCCAGAAAGAUAUUGUUUUGGAGAAGUAGAUCCCAGUUGUCAAUCAACAACGGAAGGAGAAAUCACAACAAGUGUAACAGCGAGACUUAUUGCAACAUCACGUGGUGGUACAUAUUCUGUUAUAACCAAUCAAGUCAUAACACGUAGUGGAUCUGAUCCGCUACGGGAUGCGAUUUCCGUACCAACUCAAAAUACAACACUUCCUGGUGCUGAUUCUUUUACCACCGCCAGGAUAGCAACACCUUCCGAUUCUGUUACAACCGCCCGGAAAGCAACACCUCCUGAUUCUGUUACAACCGCCCAGAUAGCAACUUUUCCUGAUUCUGUUACAACUGCCCAGAUCUCAACACUACCUGGUGCUGCUUCACUUGAUAAUUUCAAUGCAUUGCCUACGGUGCUUUUGGUUUUAAUCCCUUCAUUACUGGUGUUGGUCAUUUUGAUUGGAAUUUUUAUAAGGAUUAUAUGUUACUCAACAAUUUGCAAGAAGCCACUUGCCGUUAUUACUCCAGAAAAGGAAUAUGACCAUAUCGACACAAGUGAGAGAAAUGUUGAGGAAGGCCCAUAUGAUCAGCUUAAAGUGAGAAUGGGGGAAGUGCAGACAGUGACAGAGAGUAAGGAAAGAGAAUAUACUGAUCUAGCAGAGAGAAAGGAUGGAGAGUAUGUUGAUAUAGAGGAGAGUAAGGAUGGAGAGUAUGUUGAUAUCGCAGAGAGUAAGGAUGGACAAUAUACCGAUCUCCUGGAGAUUAAGGAUUAUCAACAAAAGGAACAAGAAGGCGAAUAUCAAGCAUUGGAAAAGAUCACAAACCAGAGUUUACAGUGUUAGUGACAGAUACAUGUAAAACGGAAUCCGAAUAUAAUCAGAUCAAAGAUGUCAAGAAUGUUAAUUUCAAUUUAUUUUAUCAAAAUGCUUAUCAAUUGUGCAAUGUAUAUUACAUGUACUAAGUAUUGUUAUAACAGUGUUUUGUUUGAUUUUGUAAACAAGUGUAUGUCAAUUUGAUAUUUCAAAAAAUGCUCAUUCUGCGAACAGAUAUCAAUGUGACAUUGAUCUCUUUAGAAUAAAAACACUUUGAAACUAGAACAAUUCUAAUUUAUUUUAACUGGUUAUAAUCAAUCAAAAUUUGCAUAAGAAAAAAUUUAAAAGACUACAAAAGACACAGUAGAUAUUCAUGUUUGUCUGAAUUCUAUUGUUUUUAUCCAAUUUAAGAUUUUCCCUAAAUUCCGCUAGAUUGUUUUCCAAGUCUAAAUGUUUAACUGAAGUCAAUUGGUUUGUUUUCCGAGUUAAAAUGUUUCACUGAAAUCGUUUGGUUUGAUACACGUGUAUAGAUGUUUCCUUAAAUUCAAUUGGUUAGUUGUAAGGUUUUUAAAGUUUUGAAGAAUUUCAUUGGUUUGUUAUCCGAGUUUAAAAGUUUCGCUUAAUUUCAUUAGUUUGUUAUCCUAGUUUAAAUGUAUCGUUGCAUUCCAUUGGUUUACUAUCCGAGUUUUAAUAUGUUGUUGAAUUCAAUUCGUUGGUUAUCCGAUAUAAAAUAUUUAACUGAUUUCAUUGGCUUCUUAUCCGAGUUUAAAUGUUUCGAUGAUUUCCAUUGGUUUGUUUUCAAAGUUUAAAUGUUUCACUGAACUCCUUUGGUUUGGCUUCCGAAUGAUAAUUUAAACGUUUCUUGAAUACCAUUGGUUUGUUAUCCGAGUUUAAAUGUUUCGUUAAAUUCCAUUGGUUUGUUAUCCGAGUUUCAAUGUUUCGUUAAAUUCCAUUGGUUUGUUAUCCGAGUUUAAAUGUUUCGUUGGUCUGAAUUCCCUGUAGUUUCUCUGAUAUUCCUCCACCUCCACGCCCUCCCAAUGAUGAAACGUCAGGGGGUCUAUAAACCAUGAAAACAUGUAAAAUG